UUUGCCUCCUCAUUUCACUCCACAACACGCCACUAGAACAGCGCAGGUUGUGUCUGUGUGUGGAGGCUGUACUGUAAUGAAAUGCAUAUUUUCAGAACGUUAUGAAACCCUUCAUUUGCGCUUCACCCGCACUUCCGGUUUCCGGUCGGCUCCCGCCCCGCUCCGCCAUCAUGAAGUCCUGAACAAAAAGCGAACGAGAGAGGAAAAGAAAAACAGGGAUGGACCUCUCGAUGACAGAAAGAGACGAGCUGACCGCAUGACACCGACGGCAUGAGGGGAAAAUGAUGCAGAUACGCGCGACAGAGGCGGAAUACAAAUAAAAAGCAGACUUUAAUCGUUGUGCUUGACAGUCAGCUUGAUCGAGUCCGUUAACGGUUAACCGCGGUAUUUUCCAUUGAAAUACACAGACAGAUUAAGUUACUCGUCGCCACCCCUCGCGAUCAUUACGUUAGAAAUAGAUGGGUCGCUAUUUAAAUCGAUCGCUUUUUGUGAAGUGAGAACGGGGACGGAGAGGCCAGAUUUUCCUCAGCAGGCCGGGAGCUAGCUGUCUCUAGCUAGCUACAGUGGAUCCCAUACACCACGGCGCUGGCUAUGCCGUCGAGUGUGCGGGCUGGGAGUCUCAAGGACCCAGAGGUGGCGGAACUUUUUUACAAGGAGGAUCCUGAGAAGCUCUUCACAGACCUGCGGGAGAUCGGCCAUGGCAGCUUCGGAGCCGUCUACUUUGCCCAUGACAUCCGCACCAAUGAGGUGGUGGCCAUCAAGAAGAUGUCCUACAGUGGCAAACAGUCUAAUGAGAAAUGGCAGGAUAUCGUCAAAGAGGUUAAGUUCCUUCAAAAGCUGCGGCACCCCAACACGGUGGAGUACAGGGGCUGCUACCUGCGCGAACACACAGCAUGGCUGGUGAUGGAAUACUGUUUGGGCUCGGCCUCGGAUCUGCUGGAAGUGCACAAGAAACCAUUACAGGAAGUGGAGAUUGCAGCAAUUACCCAUGGUGCAUUACAGGGCUUGGUGUACCUCCACUCGCACAACAUGAUUCACAGGGAUGUGAAAGCAGGUAACAUCUUACUGACAGAGCCUGGCCAGGUCAAACUGGGAGACUUUGGUUCCGCCUCCAUUGUUGCUCCAGCCAACUCCUUUGUGGGCACACCUUACUGGAUGGCUCCAGAGGUAAUCCUUGCCAUGGAUGAAGGGCAGUAUGAUGGGAAGGUUGACGUGUGGUCACUCGGCAUCACCUGCAUAGAGCUUGCGGAGAGAAAGCCUCCCUUGUUUAAUAUGAAUGCUAUGAGUGCCUUAUACCACAUCGCCCAGAACGAGAGCCCAGUCCUGCAGUCCAAUCACUGGUCGGAUUAUUUCCGUAACUUUGUAGACUCUUGUCUGCAGAAGAUCGCCCAGGACAGACCUACCUCUGAUGUGCUACUUAAACAUCACUUCCUGUGCCGUGAGCGUCCGGUGACCGCGGUGAUGGAUCUGAUAGCACGCACUAAAGACGCCGUGAGGGAGUUAGAUAACCUGCAAUACCGAAAGAUGAAGAAGAUCCUCUUCCAGGAAACGCAUAAUGGCCCGGCCACCGAGGGAACAGAGGAGGAAGAGGAUGUAGAGCAGUACAUGUUGCGGAUGGGCACGGUGAACAGCAUGGAGAGCUCCCAUUCGCUGCCGUCUAUGUCGAUCAGUGCCAGCUCCCAGAGUUCUUCGGUGAACAGCCUUGCAGAUGGUUCGGAUGACAGCGGAGAGAUGGCUAUGAUGCAGGAGGGUGAACAUACAGUGACCUCUAACAGCUCAGUGCUGCACAAACCACUGAACCAUGAUAACAUCUACGACGACCCCUACCAGCCAGAGGUGGACUCCCAGCAGCAAGGCCCCUCUGGCGGUCGCCGACGCAGAGGACGGGACCACUUCGCCACCAUCCGCACUGCCUCUUUGGUGACCCGUCAGAUCCAGGAGCACGAGCAGGGCUCAGCGCUGAGAGAGCAGAUGUCCAGAUACAAACGCAUGAGGAGGCAGCAUCAGAAACAGCUGAUGGCUCUGGAAAACAAGCUGAAGGCAGAGAUGGACGAACAUCAGCUAAGGCUCGACAAAGAGCUGGAGACGCAGAGGAACAACUUCAGCAGUGAAGCAGACAAGCUCAGUAAGAAGCACCAGGCCAUCCUGGAGAAAGAGACUAAGGGCGGUCUUACAGAAGAGAAGAAGUUUCAGCAGCAUAUCUUGGGCCAGCAGAAGAAGGAGUUGACCAGCCUGGUUGAGUCUCAGAAACGCCAGUACAGGCAGCGAAAAGAGCAACUUAAAGAGGAGCUCAAUGAGAACCAGUCCACACCAAAGCGGGAGAAGCAAGAGUGGCUAGUUCAGCAGAAGGAGUGUCUCCAGCAGAUCCAGGCAGAAGAGGAGGCGGGUUUACUACGCAGACAGAGGCAAUACUACGAGGUGCAAUGUCGCCAGUACAAGAGGAAGAUGCUUCUAGUUCGCCACAACAUGGAGCAAGACCUGCUGAGAGAGGAUCUGAACAAGAAACAGACUUUGAAGGACCUGGAAUGCGCCAUGUUGCUCCGCCAUCACGAGUCGACUCAGGAGCUGGAGUUCAGGCAGCUGGCUCUGGUGCAGCGCACGCGGGCCGACCUGAUCCGGACGCAGCACCAGACUGAGCUCACUAACCAGAUGGAGUACAACAAACGGCGUGAGCAAGAGUUGCGGCAAAAGCAUGCCGUUGAAGUCCGCCAGCAGCCCAAGAGCCUGAGAGUGAGUGGCUGUGACCUCGCGGAGAAUGCUGAAGAAGGGGAGGGGCCUCAGAGGGAGAAUGAUGAAGGGGAGGGGCUUGAAUUUGAAGAGGAUGAGCCUCAUAUGGAGGGGGAGGGGAUUGUUGAAGGGGUGGGGCUUGAACUGGAAGGGGUGGGGCUAAAUGAACAGUUGAAUGAAGGGAGUAGAGAUGGGGAUGAGAUAGAGCCGGUAGGUGCUGUUGAAGAGACAGAUGAGCAAGAGAAGCGCGAAAUAGAAGUUCUUGAAGGAAAUGACACUGAAGAGACAUUUACUGACCAAUGUGAAAUGAUAGACAGUGAAGGAAAAGUGGAAGAUGCUGAGAUAUCGGCUAACAAUUUUGAGGAAAGUGCAAAAGAACAAAAGUUAGAUGAACAGCAACAGGUUGAGGACAAAACUGACACCGAUCCCAGACAAGUAGAAGGACUUCCUUGGGAUGACGGUAGCGAAUCAGAGUGUGAGGAAGAUGAUAGGGGUGUGGCUGACGGAUGUCCGUCAGAGCUAAUGCACGGCCCUUCUUUUGAGCACCGCCCUCAUGAGCGUGACCUAGACGAACUCUCCGAGUUCUACUUCCCAGAUACAUUAGAAGAGCUGGAGCCUCCGCCUGUCUACACGCCUCCCCCCCCGUCCUCUUCUUCCCAACCUUCCCUUCACUCGCUCUUUUCUCACGUGAUCUGCCUCGCUCUUUCGCUCUCUGCUGCCGUGCAGCCGUCUGUCCUCACCCUCCUUUUCCUCUCCGUCUUCCUGCUUUCCCUGAGACGCUCGCCUCCACUUCCUUCGCUCGCUUCGAUCCUUCUCUCCGGUGAGCUGGCCUUCCUGGCGCUCUUCUUUUCCUACCUAUUCCUGCGUUCCUGCUGCUCACUCUCGUUUUCCACGUACCUUUUGCUAACGUAUUGGGGCUCAGGCCUGUUCAGUCUGGGUUUGUCUUUAAGCUUGGGACUCUAUUACGUCCCGGUAGCCUUGAUCUCUGCGUCUUUUCUCAGCUCGCCUUCAAUUUUCCUCACCCUCUACCUUGUGGUGGUCCUGGUUGUACGUCCGGCCAGGGUUUUCCUCCAAAACACCCCACGCAAACUCAGUCGCCUCUGGAUGCGAGUUCUCUUCCGCCUGCCGAAGCCGCUUUUCACCGUGUGCCAGUCACUUCUUGGCGGCCUGACCGAGCGCAGCCUCUACGAUAUGUUUCCUAAAGCCGGACGCAACUGGGGCGGGCGGCAGUCCAGAAUCCCCGUGCCUUUAAAAAGCCUUCGUGCAGAGUAUCAGGCCAAAAGCAAGUCCUCGGUUUUGUUCGCACGGUGCCUGCUUUUGGGCCGGCGGUUUGUCUGCCGACCUCUCGGCACUCUGACGGACCUUGCGAACUCCGUAGUGCUGCGUUUAGCCAAGUGUUUGCUGAAGGAGCUGCCGCAAAAUUACCUGAAACAGCUGCAGGCCUUCGGGUUGCUGCGCAGAGAGAGACCCAGCAAACUGCCGGUUCUCCUGCCUAGACCCGUGAGGGAACAGAGGCGGAGGCUGAGGGAGAGGAGAGAGAAGGAGAGGAGGAGAGAGAGGAUGUACAGGGAAGAGGGGAGGUGGGAGAGUGUGUUGAGGAGAACCUCUUCAGGGAGGAGUUUGAAAGGAAAGAUGGUGCCUUGGAGAUAGAUUGAGACGGAGGAAGGGAGGUAUGUGAGCAUGAACAUGCCAUUCAUCCAUCUUUCUUUGUGUUUCUCUCUGUUCUUCCUGCUGAUUUAUUUUAGGCCGUUUGCUCACAUGCACUACUUUAUGUGCCUGUUUUUACAGGGAAAUACUCUGUUAAAGAAAGAGUUCACACAAAAUGAAUCACAUUUCACCCACAGACCGUUUCACAAACAUAAGACCUGUGGUUAAUCUUCGAAACACAAAUGAAUUAAUGGAACCUGAGAGGUUUCAGUCUCUCCAUUUAAAAAGAAAAAAGAAAGCAUGUCCAUCAUCCUUUAGAUUAGGCUUUUAUUCACAUAUACACACACAUACAUAAAGCGAAUCAAACAUAGAGCCUCAUUGGUUCUCUUGCUUCACAUUUGUGUUUGUGUGUUUUUGAUAUGCCCUAUGUGUACGUGUCGAUUAUUUUGCCUAAAUUAAAUCUGCUUAUCAUAUAAAGCGAUCAUAUCUCUUCACGAGACUUGAAUUAAACAGCUCGAUUCAUACGGAUUCGUUUUACAAUGCCUUUAUGAACUUUUUUGUUCUUCUAAGUUUUGGUUACUAGGACUUUAAAUGAAGGGACAGAAAUCUCUCAGGUUUCAUUUAAAAAUAUCAAAUUGUGUUUCGAAGAUUAACCAAAGCCUUAUGUGUUUUGAACGACCUGAGGGUGAAAGUAAAUGACAGAAUUUCUAUUUUUAGGUGAACUGUUCCUUUAAGAUUAAUGUACGGUUUUAUUUCAACUCCCUCAUUCACUGUCAGCACAGGUGAAUGGAAAGCUUCAGUUGAUUAUUGUGCUUUUUGUAAAAGUUUCUGAGUUUUUCAAUUUUUUUUACUCAAGUUAUUUUAUUCUCAAAUAGCAAGAGCUAUAUGUGUUAUGGUGAUUGUUGAAGCCAUGUCUGUGCAAUCCUGAUUUAGUUUUUAUUUUGUUUUGAAGGUAGUCUUAAUUUCAACAAUGAAAUUGUAAUAUAUUGCGAAACCAAAAUGGCUGUCUGUGAAAAUUACCUUAGGCCAUAGGCCUUUCAAUGAAGCCAUGCAUGUUAAAUGCUAAAUUAAUUCACUGUGCCUACUGUGAAAGUGGGUCAUAAUACAAUGCUUUACACUAUAGAUCUCCCAAAAAACAACACUACAAACGUACUCUUCCAGAAGUGCAAUAGAAGUUCGUUAGAUGAAGCGCCAAUGGUUUUUCCUACCUCUCAAAUAAUUUUUGUAUUGAAAUAGAAACAAGGCUGCAUACUGUUGCAAAAUCAGUGUUUCGUACCAUUUCAAAAGCUUCAGAGCAACUAAAAGCAGCUAAAACUUUAAAAAGAAAUUUAGAGAGUCCUCUCACUGGAAAUUUUCGAGGCAGGACCUCAUAAAUGGCAAUCAAAUGCUUGAAAUAUUUAGCAAAGUAAAAUCUACAUCCUUGCCAAAAUCACUUGCAGCAGUUAUAUAUUAUAUGUUAGGGUUAGUGAAUCAUUUUGAAUAGUGUGCUGUUAGUUCACUCGUUUUUCCACCAUCAGAUAGAUGAACAAUGCUGUUAAUUCAGUUUCGGCCACUUUAUUGUAAGUUAAAUUAAACAUCAAUCUCAUAACUUCAGGUGAAAUAUUUACUCCGAAAUGUGGGUGACAUGUUAUAAAUUCAGUAUAUGAGACAUGCAGUUUUAUUUAGAUGAAAAUAUCAAAGAGGAUCCUGUUGUAUUAUUAAAGAGAUGGGAGGUUGAUGUGCUUUUGUGGCACAUAGAAGUUCAUAUACUUGAGAUAGUUUAGCACCAAAAACAAUUUUUACUCAACGGUAUAUGAGCAAAUGUCUUUGUAGACUGGUGGAGUUGGGGAUAUAUUAUAUACUGGUUUUUAGAAAGAUAUGUGUUAUUGCACUAGACGCAAUGAUCUGAUCAUAUUUACCAUGUAAACAAGUGUUUUGAUCAUAUCCUUAUGAAGAGAGGUCUAGCCUGUUUAGAUGAAGCAAUUUAUUCAAGUUAGCCCUAGUUUUUUAACGUUUGCAUGGCACUGUGAUUUUAUAUUUAUUAGUACUCUAUUAAUGCAUAUUAAAGGCUAUAAUAAGAAGCCAUUAUGACAAUCAUCUUAAUGUAAAGUUGGACAGGAAGUAUGCAAAUUAAAAACCAAAGAUUAAAACGGAGUUGUAACGUAAGAAAUGAAGAGGUUGAUAGUUGGAUUGAAUAAGAAAAGCUUGCACUGCACACAAAUCAUCUUUAUUUGAAAUGCUCUGUAAACACUCCCCAAAUACUAAAAGGUCUUCAUAGAAAUCUUAAUUUCAAUUUUAGCCAUAUUUGUUCCAGUUUUUUGGCUAUUUAAGAUUUUAAGUUUGUGUUAUUUGUUAAUUUUUUGUCUUGUUAUUUAAUGUUUACAAAUGCUGUGCUCCCUUUAGUUUUUUUUUUAACCAAAUCACAAAUUGUCUUAAUUAUUAUUUGAGGAAUGUUUGUUAUUUUAUGCGUUGCAUUGCACCGUCUGUUUCAAGGCCAUUGCGUGUGCGUUUCAUCCUCAUUUUGUGUGUUUGUGCAUGAAUGGAUGUUUAAGCAAAGAUUUCUGUCAUACAUUUC